AUGUGUUCAUGCGCCUCAUCAGUCGUAGCAGGGCUAGUCGUACACAAGUUGAAGCUCGAUGCUCAGCGUCUUGCCACUCGGUACAAGGCAAGACGGGUCGCUCACGGUUAUACACAGCCUGGCCUGGGCUAUGAUCAGACAAUCAGUCCGGUCGUCCGCCUGCAGACCCAUCCAAUCAUAAAGAUCGACGGCAAUCUCGAUAGGUCGGUCACCUCUCUCGGUAAAGCAUUUAGCCUUCAACUGAAUAGAGAAGCUGUUUAUGAUGACGGACCUAAGCAGCGUGUCGGCAUCAGCAAAGGUGGUGGCCUUGAAAUCGAGCACAUCGCAUGCGAAAGGAAUUAUGGAUAG